AUGAGAUGUUGUGUCAUGUUUCUUCGAUAUUCUCCAAUGUUAUUCCUUAUUCUUUUCAUCACCAUCAUCAUCAGUACUGGUAACAUUAAAGGUGAAACUAGACCAUUAGCAAAAAAGAAUGUGCUAAUUAGGCCCUUUGAUAAUACCAUUUCAGCUAUCUUUGUCUUUGGAGACUCCACAGUUGACUCUGGUAACAACAACUGCAAAACCACUGUGACAAAGUGCAAUUUUCCUCCCUAUGGAAGGGACUUUGUCAGCCACAUUCCCACCGGAAGGUUCUCCAAUGGCCGCCUCAUCACUGAUAUGACGGCUUCAUAUAUAGGACUCAAAGAAUUCGUGCCACCAUAUUUGGACCCAAUACUUAGCUUGGAGGAGCUGAUGACUGGCGUUAGUUUCGCCUCCGGUGGCUCCGGCUUCGACCCUGUUACCGCUCAAAUAAGCGACGUAAUUCCAUUGGAACAGCAGCUAGAAUAUUUUAAAGAGUACAAAAUAAGAAUUGAAUAUGAAAUUGGGGAGGAAAGAACAAAAUUGUUAAUAAGUAAAGCAAUGUUCCUUAUAAGUGCUGGCACAAAUGAUUUUGUUGUCAAUUAUUUUAGCACCCAAUUGAGAAGAAACUCAUACACUGUCCUUGCCUACCAGCAGUUCUUGCUGCAACAAGCACAACAGUUUCUCCAGGAUUUAAUGGCCGAGGGAGCUCAGCUCAUCGGAAUAGUAGGGUUACCGCCUCUCGGGUGCUUACCGGUGGUGAUCACCCUGAACCUUGCCAGCAGCCCAUUGCAACCCCGUCAAUGUAUUGAUUCAUACUCAGACGUAGGAAAAGAGUAUAAUCGGCUUCUCCAAAAUAUGUUAAAUAAUAUGAAUAUUUAUGGCACACAAUUAGUCUAUGCUGAUAUAUACAAUCCUUUAUAUGACAUGGUACAAAAUCCCAACAAGCAUGGUUUUAAUAACGUCUACUAUGGUUGUUGUGGAAGUGGGCUUUUCGAGCUUGCAAUUUUGUGCAAUCCAAAUUCAAUUGUUUGCAGUAAUGCUUCGGAAUUUGUUUUCUGGGACGCAGUCCAUCCAACUCAAGCAACAUAUAAUAAUUUGUUCAAGUUCUUGCGUCCCACCGUUGAUUUUAUGCUCAAGUUAUAA